ACAGCAAAGGGUGGAGGAAAGCAGGGAGAGGUUACUCUUGAGACACUAAUUUCUUUAGAACGUUCCCGGUUCUAGGGCUCAGAAGGCAAAUUCCUUGGAUGAGCCAAGGGCCGCAAGACUCUGUAAGAAGUCUCCUCGGGGUGGAGGACCUACCACCAGGCUGUCGCUCGCGCAUUCAUUCGACAACACUCCCGGAGCGCCGCCUGCUGUAUGCCCUGAGCCAACGCGCCCGCGCCCGCGAGGUCUGGGGGUCCAGGGAGCCCCAUCCCUGGGGGCACCGACCCUCCGUCCUCCUCUCCGGUGCCUUCGAAUUACGGAACUUGAAGCUGCUGGGAAUUUCAGAUGAGGCAAGCAAGGCCUUGCUCCCAAGUCGCGCUCGGGCUGCCCGCGCGCUCGCAGCAGGAACCAGGCUCCAGGCGCUGGCGCCGGGGCCGCGGGAGGAGGCGACUUCGCUCCGUGCGGCGGGCGCGGCCCGGGGCGCCCCGGCCUCCUCGGCCCCGGAGAGCGGCGGCGGCGGCGGCGGCCCUCCCUGGCGCGGCACCACCGAGCGCCCCGCGGUCUGCAGAGGCCACCUGGAAACCUUCCCUGGGACUUCUGUCUGGGCCUCGUUGGAAAACUGGACAGGCGAGCCCGCGAUUGAUGAGUUUGCCUUGGGAGUCCGCGCAAAGGUGAAACCGAAGGCGAACAUGGGUCAGAAGGUCACUGGGGGCAUCAAGACUGUGGACAUGCGGGACCCCACAUACCGGCCCUUGAAGCAGGAGCUCCAGGGCCUCGACUACUGCAAGCCCACCCGCCUGGACCUGCUGCUGGACAUGCCUCCCGUGCCCCACGACAUCCAGCUGCUCCACUCAUGGAACAACAAUGACCGGUCGCUCAACGUCUUUGUGAAGGAGGACGACAAGCUGAUCUUCCACCGGCAUCCGGUGGCCCAGAGCACGGACGCCAUCAGGGGCAAAGUCGGGUACACUCGUGGGCUGCACGUGUGGCAGAUCACUUGGGCCAUGAGGCAGCGGGGCACGCACGCCGUGGUGGGCGUGGCGACGGCGGACGCCCCCCUGCAUUCCGUGGGGUACACAACCCUCGUGGGGAAUAACCACGAGUCCUGGGGCUGGGACUUGGGGCGCAACCGGCUCUAUCAUGACGGCAAAAACCAGCCGAGCAAAACGUACCCGGCCUUUUUGGAGCCGGAUGAGACAUUUAUUGUCCCCGACUCAUUCCUCGUGGCCCUGGACAUGGAUGACGGGACCCUGAGCUUCAUUGUGGACGGACAGUACAUGGGAGUGGCUUUUCGAGGACUCAAGGGCAAAAAACUGUAUCCUGUGGUGAGUGCCGUCUGGGGCCACUGUGAGAUCCGCAUGCGCUACUUGAAUGGCCUCGACCCCGAGCCCCUGCCACUCAUGGAUCUCUGUCGCCGCUCCGUGCGCCUGGCCCUGGGGAAGGAGCGUCUGGGCGAGAUCCACGCGCUGCCGCUGCCCGCCUCCCUCAAGGCUUACCUCCUCUACCAGUGACGUUCUAGCCCCGCGUCGCCAGCACCGCAGCCGCCUGGCACCGCCUCACCGAGCUGCCGCCUGGCAUCUGGCCGCGGGAGGAAGUCCCUGCUCUUCCUCUUCGUCCUCCUGGUCCCCUUGCCGGACACGGACUGCUCGAGCCGGGCUCCUCUGUCCCCGUCCUGACGUUGGCAGAAGCCCCCUGCAUGCCGUAGGAGGUCCCUCUUUGGAAAAGGACACUUAGAACAGACUCCCAGGAAGCCCUGCGCUGAGCUCUGAUCUGCCCUCGGGGUGGCGUGGGGCACCCCCACCACCCACUGGGUCCCAGUGCCAAGCGCAGAUCCCAGGGCUGCUGACAGGUGCUCGGAUGAGGGCUGGCGCUGAGGCCGGUGGGCCGUGCCACGGCAGACAACGCUCAGGGCGUCAGAAACUCCCCACGGACACCGAGGCAGACGCAUGCCAAGACUGGACCUUCCGCCGGCACCUGAGCGCCCAGCAUCAGCUCCGGCCGUCGGUCCCUCGGUAACCCUGUAUUUAUUCUUUUAACAAUAACAGAAGCCAUUUAUUUAUUCCACUUAGAAAGGAAACCUUGUUCCAGUACCUUCUCUCUGGAGUGUCCUGUUGCGUUUCUCCCACCUGCCCCUCCCUGGGAUAUGUGUGUACCUCACCCGCCCCUCUCGUCGGGCUGUGUCUGUGGUGUGUCCUCACCUGGGCAUGGGGGUGUCUCUGGGGCUUUGGAGCCACAGUUUCCGGGGGGGCUCUGCUCCAAGUUCCCGAGCACGCCCUGCAGGGAACAUUAGCCUCACGUGCACUAUGAGAAUCUCGGGGGACCCGUCCGCAAGGGCUGUGGCAGCUCCCUGUGUCUGUCCAGCUAGCCACUCACCGCUCGGCCUCGUACAUCUUGCACGUGGUUUUAUUUCUUCAGUCUUCUGGGGGAGGGCGGUGCUGCUUCUGCUUUUCCUUUCCUAGCUGAGAUUUCCCACGUGCGUCCUCAGUGGCUCUGGCCCUCCCAGAGCCGGAACCAGGAAGGGAGGCUGAGUGGAUCUCCUUCCCCAGAGAAACCAAGGGCAGAAACCUGGGGAGACCUCGGUGAGGUCGUGCCCCGCCCCCCCUCCCCGGAAGCCAGCACAGGCCCCCACUUAGUGCCCCUCUCUGGACUCUGCGCCCAAGUGGAACAGUCUCAGCUCAUCACGACCCCCCAGAGCCACACGAGGUGCAGGGCGGGGCGGGACGGGGCAGCCAGCAGAGGAGGGUCACUAGUGCCCUGCCACAGCCCCCCCACGUAGCAGCCCCCGGCCCCUGCCACCGCGUUCACCGCCUUCUAUCUCAAAGUCAAUGCUCUUACAAUCAGACUUCUGUUCAUUUCUGUACAGGUACAAUAGAUGACUUUAUUUGUUUAAAUGUUUAAUAUAUAUACAUAUAUAUUUGUCUUUAAGAAUUAUGUUUUAAACAGCUGCUGUAGGGUACCUUUAAAAAAAAAAAAGUCUUCCAACGGAGUAUUUUUUUAAAGCACAAAAUUGGUACCAAGUCUGGGUGAGGAAUGUAAAUUACCCCCUUAUUAUUUUGGGUUUUUUUCCAAGGGCAGGGGGAGGGGGGAGGAAACCUUACCUGGAAGGCUUUUAAAGACUUUUCCUCACUCCCAUUUCGAGGUGGGUCAUGUUCUCACGAAUGUUGCACACAAGAGAGUUUUACUUCUGCAGAGCCCAGCCUCGCCGCCUGGACCCAGCUGUCCCCCACCGGCGCUGGAUGAACUGCGGACUCUUCGUCAUUUCUCUGCACCUCUGUCCCCGGCUUUCCAAACCCCUGCCCCACCCUUCUUUCCUCCCAGCCUAGAACCUUGUGACCUGUACAGUUUUGAAACUCCUGUUCUAUUUUAUGAUGGUUAAUAAUAGUCAGUAACCUAAUAAAGGAAAGUUUAUUAAAAUACAGA